UAGAAUAUAGGGAUCUCCUGCGAGUAGAUAUCAGAAAUCGAAAAAGAUCGACUAUUUCAUUAAUUAAUCAUUUACUGUAUGAAAUUUACCUUAUUAAAACAUUAUCAUAGAUAAGGUUAACUUUGCUUUGUUGAAAUUCGCUGCGCGCUCCUCGGUUUCAACUCUCGCAAUUCGCCAACGAAAAAAUAAAAUGGCUCUAUGACGCGACGAACGCGACAUAGCAACACGACUUAUCGACCGACCUUGUGGCACAACACGGCAACGUCGCAAUCUCGCAGUCGCGACUCGCAGCAACGGCAGCAACGUCGCGUAGUCGCGUCCCGUCUGUCGCGCGUACCAGUCAUGACUAUGGAAGCUAAAAGUGUUAUAGAUUCGCUCAUUCGUGAAGUAAAGAAUCGACCAAUUUUGUGGGAUAAGAAGCAUGAGUUGCACAAAAAUCGAACUGUGAUGGACCGAGUUUGGGAUGAGGUGUCGGCGGUUGUUGGCAAAAACAAGGACCAAAUAAAGAUGAAAUGGCGAAACCUGCGAGACCAGUUCUCAAGAGAAGUAAAGAAGAAUCCAUUAGGGGAAGACGGAACACCAAUAAUAGAAAAAUAUAGCGGAAAAUGGGCAUACUAUGAAUCACUUACAUUCCUAAAAGAUAAUGUUUAUUGGAACCCUUCUGAUGAUUUCAAACUUGAUGACAGUCAAGAUGGAGUCAAUAAUUAUAGAAGAGAAAGAGAAGCGGACAUCAGCGUCAUUAUCAAAAGAGAGCCUGAUUUAGAUGAAGAUUUAGAAAGAGACAUAGAUGGAGAUGGCUUCUUAGAUCCCUUAGGAGCGUUAGAAGUUCAAGAAGAUACGUCUGAUUCAAACUUAGUGACAGAAAAUGAAGUUCCAAGAAAAAGAUUGUGUCAAAGAAACGUAACGACAUAUUAUUCAAGUCAAUCCAAUGACGUACAAAUUGCGAGAUCUAGUAGGGAAGUAGAUGAUGAUUUGCAUUUUGCAUUAUCUUUAGUACCAUAUUUGAGAAGUUUGGAUCCAUUAAGGAAGUUGAUAAUAAGGAACGAAAUGCAGAAUUUAUUGAUAGGAGAAUUGAUGGAAACGAAUGCUGGACUGUAUACUCCUAAAAGUAAUAAAUAAGUUAGUACAGUAAUCAAGUAGAUCCGAUGCGGAAAAGAAUUUAAGUUUGUGGUGAUACUGGUGAUUAAAUCAAACUUUCCAUAAAAAUUUGGUAUAAUUUAUAUAGACACUGAUCUGUGUUCGACGAAAAAUCAAUAGGUAUUGUUUAAGUGUUAUUGGUGAACCUAGUAUUUUGUUGUGCAAAAAUGUAACAUUGAAAGCUGUCAAUUGUCAUUAAUUAUUUUAUUAAGCUUGCAUUGGGUAUGAAAAAAAUUGUUUCAUACUUUCUGGGUAUUAAAAUGUUAGUUACAUACAGCGUGUGGAUUCCAUACGGGUGAAUAAUGUAUCCUGUUAUAGUAUCUGAUCAUACGAAUCGUGCAGUAUAAUCAUUUUGUAAAAAAGUGUUUUUAAUUAAGAGUAAUUAUUUUUUUAAACUUGACCGAGCAGCAAUGGUGUACAUUCAUACGUUGACAUAAACGUCAUGUCGUAAUGACGUUUAGGUAGGUACCUACGCUAAUUGAUGUGGACGUAAUACAUUGCGUGCUGAAUUAUUAUGUAUGAAAAAAAUUUCAUCUAUUUAAAAAAAAACAAGUAGUUGGGCUCCUUAGGUCCCAUACUAAUCGUUACUAAGAUGCCCGUAUGGAAUACACACGCUGUAUAUUUAUUGUAUUAAAGAUAUUUUGUAUUAUUUCUGUCUAAAAAUGAUUUAUUUUCAAGUCGGUAUUUUAUCAUUUUUUUUACUUUUUAAUAUAGUAGGUAAAUUAUUAACCUAUCAUUUAAGCAGAAAAUUUUCUUGAAAUUUUGCAACUAUUUAAAUAGAAAAACUUUCGGAGCCUGUUGAAUACCGAUAAGAAAAGUUACAACAGUUUUUCAACUUCCACUGAAGUCGGAAAAUUGCCGCAAUAUAUGAGUAGAC